UGGUUGUCUACCCUGACACCAGAAAACAAAAAAAUUAUUAGUCAUUUUUCACAUUUUUCAAAUUGAAUUUUGUUGAUUAUUCAUGCGGUAUGGCCGAUUUUAAAGUAAUUACAUCUGAUUUUGUGAGACUUCACAUAAGCACUUCGAAAGACGAUGUUUCGUUUGAAGAAAAGCGAUUUCCUAAGGACAUAACCAUAUCGGACCUAAAGGCAAAACUCGAGUUAAUAACAGGAGGCAAUUGCAAUACGAUGCAAAUUGAAGCGUACAACAAGGAUAAUAAGCACAUUUGUUCACUUUCAAACAAUGAGGCUUUGCUUGGUUCUUAUCCCUUGGACGAUGGAAUGAGACUACACGUGAUUGACCAGUUUAAUAUACGCAAUGAGCUUGAUUUUGGAGAUGUGCCUAAAUAUGAGUUACCCGAGGAAGAGUACAAUAAAAAGACAGAUUCAGUCAAGGCAUUUUUAAUGAAAAAUAAAAUGGGGCAAUAUAACGAGGAGAAUAUAAAAAAGAAAGAAAAGCAAAUGUCAGAGGAAAAACAACUGGCAGAAAGCACGCCAAUUGGUUCAAGAUGCAAAGUUACUGUAGCCAAUGCUCCCUGCAGACUUGGCACUGUGAUGUACACAGGGCCUGUUGAGACCUUACCUGGAUAUUGGAUAGGGGUCAAGUAUGACGAACCUUUGGGCAAAAACGAUGGAACAUUUAAAGGCAAGAAAUAUUUUGAAUGUGCUAAUAAUUAUGGCGCCUUUGUUAAGCCACACAACGUUGAAUGUGGCGACUUCCCUGAGGAAGAUUACGACUUGAACGAGGAAAUAUGAUUGAGCAUUUUAACCUUUACCCUCACGAUUUUACAUCUAGAAAAUCGUAAGUUUUGUGCACUUCUGCGAUUAUUAAUGGUCUAGAAAUGUCAAAUGGUUUGAUUAAUUUUCGGAAAAUUUGAUAAAUAAUGCAAAGUUGGGUAAAAUUAAAACUUUUUAGUAGCUCAUAAAA